AUGCUUUGGAGCAAAAUUCUUAUUCUUAUUAUUGUUAUUAUAAUCUGUGUUGUUACAGUCUUGAUUUUUGACCAAUCCUCAUUAUUCCCAAAUCAAAUCACAAAAUUUACAUUUGAUGUUGCAAAAGAAUCUGAAAAUUCAAUUAUCCAUCACUUACAAGAUGGUAUUCAUUUAGCUAUUGUCUGUGCAAAUCAAAAGUUUAAUGAAAUAGCUCUUACUACUAUAAAAUCAAUCAUGUUUCACCAUCGAAAAUCUUAUAUUCUCACAUUUCAUAUAUUUACAGAUGCUCAUGGAAAACAAUUAAUUAGCACGUAUUUUUCUUCGAUGAUAAAUGUUUGUACACAAUUUCGAAUAUAUUCGAUAGAUAAUCUAAUGAAAGUAAGUGAACAGUUUUUGAAGAAACAUCGUAUAACUGUUUCACAUUAUUCGGGUAUUUAUGCUUUUUCUAAAGCAUUAAUUCAUGAUUUAUUACCAUCUGACGUACAACAUGUUAUUGUGAUUGAUACUGAUGUUAUAUUUGUUGAUGAUGUAUAUUCUAUUUGGAAACAAUUCGAUUUGUUCAAGAGAAAUCAGACUGCACUAGGUUUAGUACCAUGGUAUCCACUUGUACCGAUCGAUUACAAAUACAAAGCAUCAGCUCCUGAUCCAUUUUUAACUGGUAUUGUCUUAUUAGAUUUAAAUAUUUGUCGACGAAUUAAUUUUACACAAUUAUUGGAUAAUGUAGUUGAUACUGCAUAUCAACAAUUUCAACUUAGAUCAUUAUGGUCUGCAGAUCAAGUUGUUUUGAAUCUUUUUGCAACAUAUUUUCCAGACUAUUUUACUUCAUUACCAUGUUUCGUAAAUGGACAUACAUUUCAUUAUUUACUUGAUGGAUCACGAUGGAAAUCGAGUUGUGAAGGAAAAUAUCCUCGAACUCUUCAUGUUGUGCCUUCGAACAAUUUAUUAAAUAAAUCAUCUUAUUUUGGCCAUUGGUAUGCGACUUUUAAUGAAAUGCCUAUUGAAUGGCUGUCUUAUUGCAAUCUAGAUCAGUUACGAAUUGAAAAUCGAACUAACAUUUGA